UGUCAUGGAACACGUUUGUACUAUCAACAUUUUUCUUCGUCCGGCUGUAUAAAUCGUUACUGUCGUUUUAUUCGUGAAAAUAUUUUGAAUGAACAUGUUUAAGAAUGUACUUUAGUUGGUUUAAUUGUAUACGGAUAAAAAGUGGAGGGGGACUGAAAAUGUAAGAAUUAAAAAUAAAAUAAAGCAUGUGGUGCCUGUUUGUGACAGUUUUACGACAAUAGUCGUAAACCCCAUUACUUUGAAUGAACCUUUAUUGACACAUUCAUGGACAUACAGUGUGUCCUUCACUACUGUCUGUUUUUGGUGCGCUUCUUAAACCAAGAAUCGGCAUUGGUUUGAAAGAGAAGCUCUCUUUUGUGAAACAUGGCAGCAAAAAUUUUCCCUGUGAUCAAACUGGCCACGAAGGUGACCAUUGCAGGGGGUGCUCUCUACGUGGCCUAUGACUCCGGGCUGCUGGGCUCCAUUGAACAGGGCUCCGAGGCCCUGGGGCGUGCCAGUACAGCCAUACCACCCGCUGUGGAGGAGUGGAUGAAGUACUUUGGCCUGGAGGCUCAGCUUCCAACGCUACCCAAGGUUGAAUUCUCUCCGGUAGAGGCCUGGAAUUCUGGGGUGCGGUCGUCCAUUUCAGCUCUGUCGGAGGCGCCAAGAAAAGCAACCGAAUAUUCCACUCGGGGCUUGCAAUAUGUUAAAGACCUCGCCAAGUGAACAGUAACACCUCUGGGGACAAACGGAUUAUUGUUAUUAAAUGUCUUUAUCACUUUGCACUUGACUGACAUGUCCUCAAGAAUUGUUGCCUAUUGAGCAUGGGUGGGGAAUGUAAGCCAGGUAGGACACAUACGCCCAGCGAUAACAUUUGGCUUGGCCAUGUAAUUGUAAACGCAAAUAAGACCUCAGAGGAACUGUUAUGUAUACUGUAUAUUAAAAAAGAGUACACUAAUGCUCCUAAUAUAAUAGUGUGUUCUAUAGAAUAGAUGUUCACCAAGUUGUUAAAUUCAAGGGAUGCAGGUUGUACAACCCCAAUUCCAAUGAAGUUGAGACAUUGUGUUGAAUAUAAAUAAAAACAAUACAAUGAUUUGCAAAUCAUGCUCAACUUAUAUUUAAUUGAAUACACUAAAAAGACAAGAUAUUGAAUGUUCAAACUGAUAAACUGUUUUUAGCAAAUAAUCAUUAACUUAGAAUUUUAUGGCUGCAACACGUUUCAAAAAAGCUGGGACAGAGUCAUGUUUACCACUGGGCUACAUCACCUUUUCUUUUAACAACAUUCAAUAAAUGUUUGGGAACUGAAGACACUAAUUGUCGAAGCUUUGUACGUGGAAUUAUUUCCCAUUUUUGCUCGAUGUACAGCGUCAGCUCUUCAACAGUCCGGGGUCUCCGUUGUCGUAUUUUACGCUUCAUAAUGCGCCACACAUUUUCAAUGGGAGACAGGUCUGGACAGCAGGCAGGCCAGUCUAGUACCCGCACUCUUUUACUACGAAGCCACGCUGUUGUUUUUAGCAAAUAAUCAUUAACUUAAAAUGGCUGCAACACAUUCGAAAAAAGCUGGGACAGGGUCAUGUUUACCAGUGUGUUACAUCACCUUUUCUUUUAACAACAUUCAAUAAACGUUUGGGAACUGAAGACACUAUUUGUUGAAGCUUUGUAGAUGGAAUUCUUUCCCAAUCUUGCUUGAUGUACAGCUUCAGUUGUCGUAUUUUACACUUCAUAAUGCGCCACACAUUUUCAAUGGGAGACAGGUCUGGACUGCAGGCAGGCCAGUCUCGUACCUGCACUCUUUUACUACGAAGCCACACUGUUGUAACACAUGCAGAAUGUGGUUUGGCAUUGUCUUGCUGAAAUAAGCAGGGGCAUCCACGAAAAAGACAUUGCUUGGAUGGCAGCAUAUGUUUCUCCAAAACCUGUAUGUACCUUUCAGCAUUAAUGGUGCCUUCACAGAUGUGUAAGUUACCCAUGCCAUUGGCACUAACACAGCCCCAUACCAACACAGAUGCUGGCUUUUGAACUUUGCGUCCAUAACAGUCCGGAUGGUUCUUUUGCUCUUUUGCGCGGAGGACACGACGUCCACAAUAUCCAAAAACAAUUUGAAAUGUAGAGUUGUCGGACCACAGAACACUUUUCCACUUUGCAUCAGUCCAUCUUAGAUGAGCUCGGGCCCAGAGAAGCCGGCGGCGUUUCUGGGUGUUGUUGAUAAAUGGCUUUUGCUUUGCAUAGUAGAGUUUCAAGUUGCACUUACGGAUGUAGCGCCAAACUGUAUUUACUGACAUUGGUUUUCUGAAGUGUUCCUGAGCCCACGUGGUGAUAUCCUUUACACAUUAAUGUCGGUUUUUGAUGCAGUGCCGCCUAAGGGAUCGAAGGUCACGGGCAUUCAAUCUUGGUUUUCGGCCUUGCCGCUUACAUGCAGUUGAUUUCUCCAGAUUCUCUGAACCUUUUGAUGACGUUAUGGACUGUAGAUGAUGAAAUCCCUAAAGUCCUAGCAAUUGUACAUUGAGGAACAUUGUCCUUAAACUGUUGGACUAUUUUCUCACACACUAGUUCACAAAGAGGUGAACCUCGCCCCAUCUUUGCUUGUGAAUGACUGAACAAUUCAGGGAAGCUCCUUUUAUACCCAAUCAUGGCACCCACCUGUUCCCAAUUAGCCUGUUCACCUGUGGGAUGUUCCAAACAGGUGUUUGAUGAGCAUUCCUCAACUUACUCAGUCUUUUUUUUCCCCUGUCCCAGCAUUUUUGGAACAUGUUGCAACCAUAAAAUUCUAAGUUCAUGAUUAUUUGCUAAAAACAAUCAAGUUUAUCAGUUUGAACAUUAAAUAUCUUGUCUUUGUAAUGUAUUCAAUUAAAUAUAGGUUGAACAUGAUUUGUAUUCUGUUUUUAUUUAUUUUUAACACAACGUCCCAACUUCAUUGGAAUUGGGUUUGUAGUAUUGUACAUAAUGCUAUAAUAUAAAGUUUUUAAAUAAACAACUACUGCUCAAUUUGUCCUCAAAUAAUUUACUUUUUGGCCGGAUAUUUCUUUGCUAUGCUCCCACUGCCCCAAAACAUGCUUGUUAGGUUAAAUGGAGACUCAAUUGUCCUCAGGUGCGAAUGGUUAUGGGCCCUGUGAUUGGAUGCGACCAGUCCAGGAUGUCGCCCACCUCUUGCCGAAACUCGGCUAAAAUGGAUGGCGUAAUUAAUACAAUCUUAAAACUUUUCUUUUGUGUCAGUAGUUGCAUAUACACUACAGUGCAAGUAUUCACAGUGCUUCACCUUUUCCACAUUUUGUUUCAUUAUAGCCUUAUUCCAAAAUUGAGUAUAUUAAUUUAAUUCAACACCACUUGACAAUGUGAAAUUUUGUUUUGGAUUUUUGACAAUGUAUUUUCAAAAAUAAAUAUGUACAGUCUAAGUUUACGAAACCUUUGUUGCCAUUGUGCGCUGUUGUGUAUGGAAUUUAGAGACAAAAAGGCUGUCACAAAAUGUGGAAAAAUUGAAGAUUUGAAUAUUUUUCGGAGACUGUAGAUGAAUCAGAACCAUCUCACAAGAGCCAAUAUAAUUCAAUAAUAAAAUUCUGCCUUUACAAAGUUAAUUCUCACAUUGUAAUUUAAUAUUUUAGCCUUAGCCAAAUGUAUAUAUUGUUGACAAUAUCAAAAAAAAAAAAAAAGUGUAAUCUUGUUAAAGGCAUUUUGUAAUAAGUGGCUAAUGUGGCUGGUGAGUGUCUUAUUUUUAGGGAGUCAAUGAUUGAUAAAAAUCCCCAUGUAGGUCUUGUAUGGUGAGUUUCACACUAUUAAAACAGGUUCUACAACCGCUCCCUGUUCCACAAUGAUUAUUUGGAUUUUUUCAUCUUCACGUGUACAGGAAUAUAGAAUCAUAACAAACUUCUGCAAAAAUCUUGUUUACCUUAAAAUAAGUUUACAGGUGCAGGAGGAAAUGAAGUGCAAAGAUAAAUUCGAGCCAAAUAACCAAUGUUCUUUUUUUAAAGUUUCAUUCAAAUUCGAUUUUAGAUAAAUGAUACAUCUGAGGUUUUGUUGUUUUUAGAAGAGUAUGGCAUCCUCCACCCCCAUGAGUUUGGUGAACUACUGAGAAAUCACACAACUACAACCAGAAUUGGUUUGAGCUACCUGUUUAUUGUUUGGAUGAAAUAUUCACAACAAUUUCACACAACUUGUACACAUUAAAUACUGAAAGUGCAGCAAUGUUUUUUUUUUUAACCAUCAUGCCUGUAAAUGAAGCAUAUUAUUGGGCAGAGGGAGAAAAACUAAUCUAAACAUGUAAACGUUGUACAAUAAAGUGCUCCUGACAAUAUCAACAGAUUAUACGACCACUGGUGGUUUUGUAUAUAAAGUUUUUCAUACUGCAUCUUUUUUGUUUUUUUACUGCCAAGCACAACAAGCACCAGGACACACUUGACUGCAAGCAUUUUUGCAAGUUGCCUAUUGAGAAGACACUUGAACACAACAACAAAAAUAAAAAGCCUUUAUACGCGAUCUCAAAGACACAGGUGGGGAACCUUUUACCCUAGAAGGGCAAAACUGCUAUUUAUGGAAAAAAAAAAAAAGUAUUAUAAGCAUUUGGGGGUUAAGCAUUUGUCUGAGGUUGUAUUUGUUUUAGUACAUG